CAAGCAUAGAAACAUGGCGCAGGAUCAGUGACGACUGUCGGAUGUAAUACCUUUCUGUGGAUGUUUUUGUGGUCGUACGAAAAUCCUGAAAUGAGAGUGUGAAAUGAUAGCACUUCUAAAAUUGUGGAUAAUCAGCACUGCCCCCUUGAUGAAUACGACAAGAACGGGUCUCAGGAAUAUCUGUGAUUGCAUUCAUAAACACUUCUUUAGGACUCACAACCCUUGAGGAUUGUUUUGGAGCAAUAUCCUUUCAUUUUCAUUUGAUGCACACUACGCGUGGGACGACAAUGGCUGACAAAAGUAAAAGGAAUAUAGAUCCUCAAGUGAGAGUUGAUAGGCUUCGAGAGGAACAUGAACAGGUUGUGAAAGGCUGUGAUGAGCAAAUUCUGCACUGGAAGAAGGUAUCAGGGGAUUAUGAGGCCCUGGACGACCGACUGCGUACCCUUCCAGACCACCUGUCCUAUGAUGUCAUGGUUCCCUUUGGGCCGCUGGCCUUCAUGCCGGGGAAACUGGUCCACACCAAUGAGGUGACGGUGUUGCUUGGUGACAACUGGUUUGCCAAAUGCUCUGCCAAGCAGGCUCAGAAAAUCGUUGAUCACAGGGUGAAAUACGUGAAGGGUGAACUCGACGACUUGCUCAAGACUAGGAAGAAUUUUGAAGCCAGAGUUGGGUUCACAGAGGAUCUCAAAGAACUAUCGAACAAAGGAAGCUACGUGGACAUCCGAGAAGAGGUUCGCAGCAGAGAAACGGUUGUCACCAAAGGAAAGCAGAGGGUAGCCCAUAAACCCAACUCUAAGCCAAAGUUGGAUACAGUGUUGGAUUUGGAGGAGGUAGAAGAGGAGGGCAAAGGAGUAGAGGCCGAUGAAGAAUACUGCAAGAUACUCUCUGAGAAAGAGCUCUGGGCCAGGCUGGACCAACUAGAGAAGCUGGAGGAGCUCCAGGACGAAGAGGACCGACUGUCUGACACCGGGGACACCAAUGGAGACAACACCACCUCCUCCUCUUCCUCUGAAGAGGAGAAGGAGGCAGACUGCAGCCAGCCAGAGAAGGAGCCCGGUCCAAAGACUAGCUGGGCCACCAGCGGUCCUGCCAACGGUCAGCUCGUCAGCCAGGCGGCACCCGGCGGAGACACGACCAAGGACGAAGACGAGCAGGAGGAAGAAGAAGAAGAUUGCUUGCCCACCAUCUAUUUCUCUCACACGGUCGAGCCAAAAAAGGUGAGAAUAUGCACCGGAAAGAACACAACUCUGAAGUUCAGCGAACGUAAAGAGCACUCACUCACUCACUCCAAGAGGAAGAAGAAGAACAACGGCACCAACGGCCACUCUCACCAUGAGCUCCACAAGAUCACCUCGCCAGUGGACAUUUACAGGCUGUUUGUGGACGUGAAGAACGGGGAGCCCGUCCCGAGGAAGUCCAUCCUGAAGUCGCGCAGCCGGGAGAACAGCGUGUGCAGCGACACCAGCGAGAGCAGCGCCGCCGACUUUGACGAGCGGCGGCUGGUCUGCCGCAGUGUGAGCCACGACGACGCGCCGCACAGCGACACCAGCGACGGCCACACGGAGGACGACAGCCCCACACCACUUCCACGCACACCGAGCCGCUUCGAGGCUUUUUCAGGCACAGUGGUGGAGAAGGAUCCCACGCCCACAGCUGUUCCUCACCUCACCAUCGCUCCACCUGCUUUGCCGACGAUACUGGAGAGGAAACAGGAAGAGGGCACCACGGACGCAGCCCCCCCUGUCGAGCCCCCCAAGAGGGUUUCAAAGUUCAAAGCAGGGCGGCAGAACAGGUGAAGCGUUACGAGGAAGUUGAGGUGAUCAAUACUUUGCUCGUCAACACCCUUAGUUUUUUUCUGGGGGGCUGGGCCGGGGGGGGGGGAGAGGUUGUGUCGUACUCCUAAUGGCAAACGCUUAAAUCGGCAUCUCAUGUAUGGCAAUUAUUUUAGAUGUUUGUUUUAGUUCACCUGCUUCUGCAUUAUAAUGGCACUUAACACUUGUCCCCCUUGCCUUAGUGCUUGUCCUGGUUGGUAUUCGCUCCUGUGGCAGAGCCUUAACAUGUGUUGUGACAAGUCAGUGUUUUAACCGCUUUUCGUUUGAUCCCUUAUGUUGUCUGCAAUAUUGAGGCAAAAAAAAAAGAAGCUUUGCAACUUUAAGAUUCAUUGUUUUCCUUUUGGAUUUAUUACACAGGAUUGUGUGAUCAAUGGUUAUUAUUCCUUGUGACAUGUCGAUUGAAUGUAUUGUCCACUGAUGUGAACAGCUUUAUAUCUGGAAAAAAUAUUUCUUGUUUUCAAGUUAGUAAGAAAAUAAAGAAUUUUGGUAAUC